CGACAGGCGCGCCACACAUCAGCUGCGGAUGCACACGUGCACACCGCAAUGGCGGAAUCUCCGAAGCUUCGGGUUCUGUGUCUGCAUGGUUAUAGACAGGAUGGCCAGUCAUUCAAGAGCAAACUUGGUGGUUUUCGAAAGGUCACAAAGUCUGUGUUAGAUCCUGUUUUUAUAGACGCACCUCAUGUGAUACCGGAGUCGAGCAAUGCUGGAGGUAGCAUUGCGGAGCCAAAUGUCCCCGGUGGCCGUGGAUGGUGGUUCUCCAGCUCACAGAAGUCUUUUAAUGCCCAAGAGCAUACAGAUGUAUGUGUAGGAUUCAGCGAUUCUGUCAAGGCUGUCGAGAAGGCUUGUUGUUCCCUGGGGCCAUUUGAUGGUAUCCUGGGCUUCAGUCAAGGUGCAGCAAUGGCUGCCUUGGUUUUGUGUCUGCAGUCUCUGGGGAAAUCAACGACCAACUUCAAUUUUGGUGUUCUCAUUGCCGGCUUCAAGAGCCGGUCCACGCUACACGAUGUUCUCUACAUGGAUGGAUUGGUGAAAGUCCCAACCCUCCACAUAAUUGGAGACACCGACGCCGUCAUACCAAAGCCGCAGGCCAUGGAGAUUGUGCCCUUCUUCGAGUCGCCCCAGGUGGUGUGCCACCCUGGCGGCCACUUCAUUCCGACGGGGGGUUCUUGCAAGACUGACUACCUGGCUUUCCUCAGGGAGAUGUUGCAGGUGUGCGGCCAAUGUCAGUUCAUGGAAAACAACGAAGAGCCUCUAGAAUAAUAAACUUUUUAAAUUUUUG